AAUUUACCAAAAAAAUAUCAUAAAAAGCAGGGUCAAACUCAAACAAGCCCAAAAAUAUCCUAAUCCAAACCCAUCACACAUUUUCCCGCUUAAUAACUCAAUUAAUCCAAUUAUCCACAACAUAAUCUCUUUUUCACCAUAAAUUCAAUUUUUCCCGGAAAAACCAAAAUUUUCUCGCUCAAUUUUCUAAAUGGCUCUUCUAAUUCACUCCCGGGAGAUGCACGUUGCCUCUCAAUUCGCACAAAACCCUAACCCUAAACUGAGGAAACACCACAGCUUCAAACCCUACUCAAAAUUGAACGCAAUUAGGUCAAAGCAUGGGGUGAAAAUUUCUUGCGAAGUGAAGGAUUGUGCAGUUUUGGAUUUGGAUUCGGGUUUCGAUCGGAACGUGAAGCAAUACGGUCAGUUUUCGGUUCCGGUGAAGAGUGGUUCGAGGUCAAGCAAAGAGGAAGAGGAAGAAAAACAGAAUUACUAUGUGAAUUUGGGAUAUGCUAUAAGAACUUUGAGGGAGGAGUUCCCUGAUCUCUUUUACAAAGAACUUAGCUUUGAUAUCUAUAGGGAUGAUAUUGUAUUGAAGGAUCCCCUGAAUACAUUUAUGGGUAUUGAGAAUUACAAAUCGAUUUUCUGGAACCUAAGAUUUCAUGGCAAGAUAUUUUUCAAAGCUUUGUGGAUAGUCAUAAAUAGCGUGUGGCAACCUGCUGAGAAUGUCAUUAUGGUUCGCUGGACCGCUCACGGUAUCCCACGGGUUCCAUGGGAAAGCCGCGGUAGGUUUGAUGGGACCUCUGAGUAUAAACUUGACAAACAAGGCAAAAUUUACGAGCACCGGGUUGACAACAUUGCUUUGAAUAAACCUCCUCCUAGGUUUAAAGUGAUAUCCGUGCAAGAAUUGAUUCAAUCUCUUACCUGUCCGUCAACCCCAGGACCAACUUACUUUGAAUUAUCUUCAUCUAAUAAGAGAAAGUAAAGAUACACAUGCUCUUCAAAAAGUUUUGGAUCCAAUUGUACAUAUUAUAUGUUAUACAUUAAGCUAAGAUAUCUAGCAUCUUGUUUUAUAUGUAUAUGAUGGUGCCCAGAUCUACUGGCACCAGUUAUAGGGUCUCAUGGUUAUAUGUAACUAGUUGAGUUUGAAAAGCCUUGUAUAUAUAAUGCAAUUCCUACUUUAGUCUUUCUUUAUCUUCAUCUCA